CACACCUUCAACUCGCACCUCGCUGCGCUCUUCCCAGGGUCUCCCUCAACCACUCCUUUUUCCCUUUCACUGGCCCUCCCCUCUCCCGGCCGCUGCAGCUCAAAUUUUCGACCUCAAUUCAUCGUCUGGGCCAAAUUCACUUUUUGCCUUUUCUUCCCAUCCUAACCCUCUCCUCUCUCCUCUCCUGAAAUCUUUCUCUUCACGAAACCUCUCUCCUCCUCGUCAAACAGCGACCGUCCACCAACUCCCCCCCCCCCAAAGACCGACGGUCUGAGUCGUUGUUCGUUGGUGCAGCCACCGUUGCUAUUCUCGGCGGUCCGACAGGAUAUUCCCACCCAGCCCUUCGAAUUGGUAAUUUCGGGCCCGGGCCCACGUCCUGCCUCAAAGUGAACCUCCUGGGUGACGACUCCUUGCGGUCAGCUUGAUUGCCACAAUUUCCCACGGCACCACUGUCGCCAGGCUACCGAUAUUUGGGCCUGCUUCGCCAUACCGACUACGUCUCGCAAGCCUCCCGUCGUCCCAGGCACCGUUCAAACCAUUUCGUUUGUGACUUGGUGGCCAGAUUGGAAGGUUUUUGUUUUUCUGACCAACGACCACGCUGAGCUGCGAGUCACGAGCCCCGUCAGAGCCAUUUUUCCUGGCCUUGCUUGCGCGCUCCUGUCUUUGCCGUUCCUAGUGGCUGUGUGCUGCCAAAUUCGGGGCGCACCCGUCUGUCCACGCUCAAAUUCUCCGUCACAACACCCUCCCUCCGUGCCUGUACUUCCUUUCAAACAAACGCCCAACAUCGAACCUGCUGCUUCUUCGCGGUAGCAGUGCAUUGUUGAUUGAUUUGGAGAGCCAUCACGCACCGAGGUGACAGCACUUGGCUGCCUCCCGAACGAGACUCAUUCUACGUCGCCGCCCUCCACCCUGCAAGGCACCAAACUCCAGCCCGAUCGACGAGCUUUUCACUAAGUCUUGUCACCCGAAUUCGAGUGUUGCUCAACCUAGAUUAAUCCGCGAGACAUUCCUGUCUGUCUACCACCACCCACGAUCGUCAAACCCGUCAUCCGCCGGAACAGCUACGACUACGUCUGAUAGAUCAGGCUCCCCUCAUCGCUGUUUCCAUUCGUUUGCGAUAACAUUGUUCGACCAUACCGUUUGAUAAGACAAGAAUACCGCCUCCAUCCAUGACCAGCUUUUGAGUGGGAUUAAAACACCAGCUUUUCAGCUCCGGCUUCAACGCCUAGGGCGUGGCCGCGCACUCAGCGGAAGCAGACGGGCCCACGGCUUGUCUGCUCUGCUCAACCUCCCCAACCGAGCAUGCCUUCUUACCACAGCUGGGGGGCAGCUGCCCAACACCCACGACUUCCCCCUACGCCUCCGGAAUACCAGACCACCUAUCUCACACCCUUGAGUGCGGUGUCUGACCAAGGCUUCUAUCCUUCGCAAGGCUAUCACUCACGCAGAUCGCUCUCAUCCAGAGACUACAACGAUAGAUAUCAGCCUCCGCCAGCCUACACUGCUCAGCCGUCUCUAGCUGGACAGGUUUCGCGAAUCGGGCAUGCUCACCCGUCACAAGAAUAUCCCUAUCCGCAACCCUACCACAUGCAUGGUUCGUCCUACUGGGCAAACCACGUCGGAGCGCCUAUUCUCCCACCCAUCCGUGUCACCGAGGCUGUAGAUCAUUUCCCUGCACAUUAUGGAGCACAGCACACCGAGUCGAAGCCUAAGGAGGAAAAGCCUACAGGGGGUGUCGCGCAACACUUGGAUUAUGAUAUGGACCUCAUGUCCAGCUUCGUGGCCGAGAUAUCCCAGAAACUUGUAACACCAGAGUCCGCACCAACAACCCAGUUCCGCAAAUACGUGUCUCAAAUUCUGUCGUCUACUCGCCUGCCAAGCUCUACGAUCAUGCUCGGGCUGUUUUACUUGGCUUCUCGGAUGAAGCAGGUGAACGAACGUGGACAAUCAACCUCCUCUUCUGGCACUGUCUACCGCAUGCUCACCACCUGCCUCCUCCUCGGGAGCAAAUUCCUCGACGACAACACCUUCCAGAAUCGUUCCUGGGCCGAAGUCAGCAGCAUUCCAGUGCACGAGCUAAACAUGAUGGAACUGCAGUGGUUGACGGACUUCAACUGGGAGAUCCAUGGUAUGAUGUACGAUGAAGAGGAAGGCUUUUUCAUGUGGGUAGAGCACUGGCAUGCCUACGAAGAAAAAGCCCAGCUGGCCAAAGUCAAGGAGCUGCAAAAGCUCGCCCCCAUCGAGACCAAUCUUCAUCGCCAUCAUGCCGUCCAAAAUCAACCCCUGAUGUCCCCCGAGGGUCCCAUUCCACCUCAGUAUCAACAAGGCUCACAGUACGAUACCCGUUGGGUUCGUGCGUAUAUUUCGGAAUACUCACCACCGUCUGCCCCGCACAGUGGCCCGCCCACGCCAGACUACUACAAUGCUUCUUGGGCUUUCACACCAGGCGCUCCUCCCGCAUAUGGGCGCCAGCAGUACCACUCUGAGAGUGCAUCGGCAUACACUGCUCAGCGCAAUCAACUGCCUACGUAUGCUCAGACCUUUGGCUAUGCAUCUGGUCUGACGCCGACUUGGGUUUCUCACGGACCCAACUGCGGCUGCAGUCUCCAUGCCAAACACUCGGAUUACUACUUCAAUCACCCGGGAUACACCAUGCAAACUGUGGUGGGUUAACUUGUUCAAACUCCAGCGUUCAGCGAUCCGGGUCCGGCUCAAAAAGUUCUUGAAUCAUACCGGGGUGUUCGGUAUUGUUUUUACCAUCAUCGACCUUUUCGCCUUCAAAGAACCAAAAUCGGGAUUAUGCGAGGAUCAGGCCCGUCAUGCUUGUCGGAGCUCCGGUCAACUGCUCCUCCUCGACGAAAAUUUCUCUAAUCGAGUUUCCCAAUCUAACGACCUUUUACGACCGGCACUUUCUUGUCUUUCGUUAUUCAGCAUCUAAAGCGAGCAACUCUCCUAAGAAUAGAUCAAGCUUUCUUUUCACUAUACAUUGACGAUGGGCAUGCCCGGGCGGCGCUUUCAUGGCAGGAAAAGUCACCAAAAGUUCCGACUCGGGAGAGGGCUUAUUAUCGGGCUGGCGUCAGGUUUUCAUCAGCACAAGGGGCAUCACACAGGGGCUUGUUUUUCUUCCAUUCAAAGACUUUGUUUGUUUCACAGUUAUUACACCGUGUUUUUAUGAGACUUCAAUUGACACAAAAGGAUGCCAACGGAUCAUGGCUUGCGUCAGAGCUUGCAUAGCACGGCAUCGCGGAGGAUGGUGGAUUGUCACAGAGGUUUGCUGCAUCGUCAUUCUUGUAAUUAGCCAUGUGAAACGAGGUGGGGGGUCCAAUGAACGAGGUUGAAAUGUGCUACACGGCUGUCCAACUGGGCCCGAAAAGGCCCUUUCACGGUCAAGAGUCUGCUGCACGAAACCACAGAGGCACCCUGUACGGAGUACGGGUAGUGGUGGUGUUGGGCAAAAAAGGAAACACAGGACACAUCGGUUGACGUUGUCAUGGACCUUGCUGUCGUCUUUUUUAUUCAAACGGCCGAGACUUGAUGCUCGGAAGGCAUAUACCCCUGAUAGAUUGCAAUGGGCGCUUUUUCAUUCGCUUCCAAAAAGACUGCAAAGAAAAAAAAGUACCAAUAGAAUUUAAUCUGUCAUCAAUA